AAUAUUUAAUUAUUGUUUUGACGACAACGUAAAUAUUUAAUAAAACUAGAAAAUUAGUGAAUUGAAUAACAAUAGAAUUUAAACUGACAUGAAAAUCUCAGAUAUAGAUAAAGCUGAGAUAACACAACAAGACAAUGUAUAAUGAAGUGAAAGAAGAUUAUACAUAUAUGGUCUAUGACAAGGUUCAAGUAGAAGUACAACUGGACGAACAAUUGAGAAUAUGAUCUUGGAAAUUGUGGUUAUGGUUCUCUGUCUAGCUCUAAGCCUCUUGAAUCUACUACCAGUGUUGCCAUAACCCAUACACGAAAUCAUCAAUCAAACCUAAGAAAACAAAAUCAAUCCUUCUUUUUACAUGGCAGUGGAGGCAUUUGCAUCCUUAACUUUUCAGCUAACUCUUCCAUGUGCAAUCGCAAUUGGCAAACUGCGCAACAGCCUUCUUUUACAGCCUAUUACAGCAGAAAGUUAAAAUGGGCCCGUUCCCAAAUAUUGGCCCAGGCCCAUUAGACUCUCCCGCAAUUAAACCUCAUUGACCGGAAAAUACCGCCGAAUAAUAACAGGAAAGAUGCAGACAUCCUUCUCGUUGAUCCAGACGGUGGCAAUCUCCGGCGUAUUCUCCGCCGUCUCUUGCUGGUAUGGAUUCAUGUUCGGUAGAGAAUCGGCCAGAAAAGAGCUCGGCGGCUUGAUCGAAGAACUCCGUCGCGGAGAUCCAGAAUCUUCUUCUCUUCGAUUCGGAGAAAGAAUCUCUUAGUUUUGAUUUCGAUUGUUCCAUAUAUGUUUUCCAGAAUGUUGAUGAUAGUUUCUUGCACUCUGGUCUGAGCAAUUAUUGUAUAAACUAUGUGUUAUCAAAUCGUUUCGAGUUAA